GUUUAACCGCUGAUGUAUCAAGGUGCUGGUGCAUCCAUUGGAGCUGUUUGAGAGCGCAAGCUGGACUGUUUGUCCCAAUGCCGCCCCCAUCAGACAUCGUGAAGGUGGCGAUCGAAUGGCCAGGAGCCAAUGCCCAGCUGAUUGAGAUAGACCAGAAAAAGCCGUUGAUUGCAAUUAUCCGGGAGGUCUGUGAUGGGUGGUCUUUACCGAACCCAGAGCACUAUACUCUACGGUAUGCUGAUGGGACCCAGCUAUACAUUACAGAAAAGACUCGCAAUGAGAUUAAAAAUGGGACAAUUCUGCGUUUGGCCAUUUCCCCUACUCGAGCAGCUCGGCAGCUGUUGGAGAGGAUCCAGUCUUCCGGCCUGGACUCCCGUCUCGAUGCUUUGAAGGAGCUGGCGAAACUUUCUGCUGAUGCCACCUUCGCCACUGAGUUUAUCAACAUGGAAGGAAUUUUCAUCCUCACUCUCCUGGUGGAGAGUGGAACCAAUUUCGGCGAGAUGCUAGCCUUCACACUGACCGCAUUCCUGGAGCUAAUGGACCAUGGGAUUGUCUCGUGGGAUAUGAUCUCCACUGCCUUCAUCAAACAGAUUGCAAGCUAUGUCAACCAAACAUCAGUGGAUGCUUCCAUCCUGCAGCGGUCACUGGCCAUUCUGGAGAGCAUGGUCCUGAACAGCCAAAGCCUCUACAAGAAAGUGGCAGAGGAGAUCACUGUGGGGCAGCUCAUUGCUCAUCUGCAGGUAUCGAACCAGGAAAUCCAGACUUACGCCAUUGCACUGAUCAAUGCUUUAUUCCUGAAAGCACCAGAGGAUCGUAGGCAGGAGAUGUCCAAUAUCCUGGCACAGAAGCAGCUGAGGUCCAUAAUAUUAAACCACAUUAUUCGAGGAAACCGUCCAAUCAAAACAGAAAUGGCCCAUCAGCUGUAUGUCCUUCAGGUUCUGACCUUUAACCUUCUGGAGGAGCGGAUGAUGACCAAGAUGGACCCACAGGAUCAGGCUCAAAGGGAUAUCAUAUUUGAACUGCGAAGAGUUGCCUUUGAUGCUGAAUCUGAUCCAAACAGCAGCAGCAAUCUGGAGAAGCGAAAAGCCAUGUAUACGAGGGAUUAUAAAAUGCUAGGGUUCGUGAAUCAUGUCAAUCCAGCCAUGGAUUUUACCCAGACCCCUCCAGGAAUGCUAGCACUGGACAACAUGCUGUACCUGGCCAAGGUUCACCAGGACACCUAUAUCCGGAUUGUCCUUGAGAACAGCAGUCGAGAGGAUAAACACGAAUGUCCCUUUGGCCGCAGUAGCAUCGAGCUCACCAAGAUGCUGUGCGAGAUCCUGCAAGUCGGAGAGCUACCUAAUGAGGGCUGCAAUGAGUACCAUCCCAUGUUCUUCACCCAUGACCGAGCUUUUGAAGAGUUCUUCUGCAUCUGUAUCCAGCUACUCAACAAGACAUGGAAGGAGAUGAGGGCAACAUCAGAAGACUUUAACAAGGUCAUGCAGGUGGUGCGUGAACAGAUAACAAGGUCCCUGAGCACGAAGCCAAACUCUCUGGAUCAGUUCAAGAGUAAAGCCCGUUGCCUGAGUUACUCCGAGAUUCUGAGACUCCGACAGUCUGAGAGGAUGAGCCAGGAUGACUUCCAGUCACCGCCAAUUGUUGAGCUGCGAGAAAAGAUCCAGCCUGAGGUAAUGGAGCUCAUCAAACAGCAGCGUCUGAACAGAUUGUGUGAGGGCACCAGCUUCCGCAAAAUCAGCAACCGCAGGCGCCAAGAUAAGUUCUGGUUUUGCCGGCUGUCUCUCAAUCACAAGGUGUUGCACUAUGGUGAUCUGGAUGAGAAUCCACAGGGUGAGGUGGCCUUUGAGUCACUGCAGGAGAAAAUUCCCGUUGUAGAUAUCAAAGCUGUGGUAACAGGGAAAGACUGCCCCCACAUGAGAGAAAAGAGUGCCCUGAAACAAAACAAGGAAGUUCAAGAGUUGGCUUUCUCUAUCCUUCAUGAUCCUGAUGAGGCCCUGAACUUCAUCGCCCCUAACAAAUAUGAGUACUGUAUCUGGACCGAUGGACUGAACGCCCUGCUGGGAAAAGAGAUGACAAGUGAACUGACGAAGAAUGACCUGGAUACUUUGCUAAGUAUGGAAAUGAAACUACGCCUGUUGGACCUGGAGAAUAUACAGAUUCCUGAGACACCACCUCCCAUUCCCAAAGAACCCAGCAGCUAUGACUUUGUGUAUCAUUAUGGUUGAGCAGUGAGAUGACCAGCAACUUACAAGCACAAAAAAAAUUUAAAGAAAAACAAACACAGCAACAUCCUUUGAGCAAACAUAACAACCUGUUCAACCAGCUAUUUUUAAAAAAAGCCUUCAUUGAGUACAAGUAGCGGAAAGACACAAAAGGCCAAAUGCAGUUUCCACUCUGUUCUGGGGGAGCUGGAGGUUCAAGACAGACCUUGGACCCGUUAGAAAGAAUUCUGUAUUUAAUAUUUUAGACAGGUUUAAGAAUUUGGAUAAUGUGAUUUGCUGCAGUGACGUUUGUAUGAUGGUUCAUAAUUUAUUAGUGUUCUAGUAGGCCAAUCUGCUUAUGUAGACUUUUCACUGUAUGCAAAUAAUCCUGCAUCCAAUGUUAUUCAAUGCUAUUGUUCCAAUACUGGAUAACGGAUUGUGUUUGUAUGAUCUAGUCUGUAUAUAGUAUGUGUGAAUGUCAUAGAACAUAUACACAGGAGAGUUUCCUUCGGAUUGUGAUAUUUGAGAUUGCCUUUGUGGUUGUCACCCAGGAAUACUUUCUACUUGUUUUGUAAGCUCUAAUUUUGAGCAGUGACUAAUUUUGAUGGAAAUGUACUAGCUAUUAUUCUCUUCUUUAAUCAGUUUAUUCACCUCCUCGGAAUCUCUGCUGCAAUACCAUUCUGGAGCUUGCAGCCGUGAAGUGAGGUGCAGAAAUAGCUGGAGAUACGGCUCAGCAGAUGAGGAGAAGAUGGCCCAGAAGUGGCCAUGUAUGUUUUUUCCUAAAUACCAAUUCUGCAAUCCGGUGCCAUUCAUAAACUGUUCAAGUUCACUUUCCAUCUUUUGUGAUUUAAACCAUUAGAUUACUGCCUUGCAGUUUAUUCUGAUCAUCCUUUGACUUUAUAAUUUAGAUAGUCCAGGUGUACAUAUCAGAGUGGUGCUGGUAGAUCAUGGUUGAAUAGCACUAGGCUUUUUAACAAUAUUAGAGCUCUGGCAAAGAUGCUUAGUCUCCUCUGUUUCCCACCUUUGCACCAAAAUUUAAUUUUCAUUUGAGAUCUUCUCACGGGUAUUCAACUGAAUAGGUACCUGAAUAGGUUGGAUUGUAGGUAAUGAAUUGUAAGGUACUCAGUUGUUCUUGGUAAGCAGGUACACGAAUGAAUUGGAUUACAGACACUGAAUUCAAAGGGUACUUGAAUAGCGUAAAUGAGGACACUGAUUUAUACAGAAAUGCAAAACAACUAGAUUAUAAAAUACUGAAAUCAAAGGGUCAGUUUGCUAAGAAGACUAACUUUGCUUUUGAGCCAUGUAAUGAGUGGGCUCGAAUAUUGCUGCAUCUGAGCUUUCUAUGAAUAAUGCAAAAUUAUAAGUCUCGAGCUUCAUUUGUGUCGAUAAGUAUUACUAACUUCAGGUAACAUUAUUAGCAUGUUACCAUUCUGUCAAUAGCAAACCUGUAUUUUAUUGGGUGACUGGAAAAAAAAGUCUCUUUGCUGAUGCAUUGGACAUGCAGAUUUAUAAUGGAGUGACUUUAUUCGGUCUGUUUAAUUAUGGCAGGGCAGAAAUUGAAUUGUCGGGAACAAAUGGCAUAAUUUACAUCCACUUCAAAACUUGGAUACUGUUGCAUCAUGCAGGCUGGUUUUAUAUUUAGUGGUGGUAACAGGCUUUUUCAAAGGGAAUACAUGAUGAGCUAUAAAAUAUUAGCAAUGCAUCUAACUUCAGCUUGUCCCAUAACUUCUCAUCCAUGAUUUUCUAACUAUGAGAACAUGGUGCUUUAGAUUUAUGGUCUUUGUUGAUUGGGGGUUAAGAUUGCAUUUUCUCCCUUCUAAAGGAAUAAGAAGUCUUAACAGCAGUUUACACUUGACAAGACGCAUUUUAUUGAGAAAUAUGUUUUUUAUAUUUACAAUAAUUAGAUAUUUGGGACAGAGUCAGAAGCUUUAGAAUACAUUUGAUACUUCUCAAUACUUUACAGAUGCUGCAUUAAUGUAGUAAAUGUUACUCAGUUGAGGAACAGAUUAUGGGGAAGCAAAGUAAGUCAUCAAACUAAAUUAGGACCUGCAAACCUAUCCAAGAACAUUUAAAUUACACACUAGGAAGAGGCGUCCAUGUAAACAAAUACAGGAAAUUGUGCCUUUUAAGUAACUGAACUAUAAAGUGGAUUGCAUUUUAAGUAGAUACCAUUGUUACAUUCUUCCUACAGAAGAGUAUUGGACAGACAUUAUACUUGCUGAUUGGAUCAUUCUCAUACCCAAAAUAACAGAGCAUUAGAUUUUAAAACAAUCAGUUCUGGCACAGUGAAUAUGGGCAGUAAUGUCCUGUGAAUUAAUGACAAUCUGCCAGAUGUAUUCUUCUAAUAAACAUAAUAUUGUAAAAGAGAGAGAUAUAAAAAGAAGAACAUCAAGUACUGAAAACAAGAAAGAUGCUAGAAAUCCAGUGCCAGAGUCACUCACUCUGGAAAACACUGAAAAGUUCUUGCUCUGUCAAAUAUGCAUUAAAAUGAUGCUUUCUACACCUUCCUCUGCAGCCAAGCUGGUCCUCCUGCAGUGCCACAACGAUGCCACCCAAAGGUUGCAGGAACAGCAACUCAUAUUCCGCUUGGGAACCCUGCAGCCCAAUGGCAUCAAUGUGGAUUUCACAAGCUUCAAUAUCUCCCCUCCCCCUACCGCAUCCCAAAACCAGUCCAGCUCGUCCCUGCCUCCCUAACCUGUUCUUCCUCCCACCUAUCCCCUCCUCCCACCUCAAGCCACACCUCCAUCUCCUGCCGACUAACCUCAUCCCGCCCCCUUGACCUGUCCGUCCUCCCUGGACUGACCUAUCCCCUCCCUAACUCCCCACCUACACUCACCUUUACUGGCCCCAUCCCCGCCUCUUCGACCUGUUUGUUUCCUCUCCUCUAUCCGCCUCCCACUCUCUCCCUAUUUAUUUCAGAACCCCCUUCCCCUCCCCCUUUUCUGAUGAAGGGUCUAGGCCCAAAAUGUCAGCCUCUUUGCUCCUAUGAUGCUGCUUGGCCUGCUGUGUUCAUCCAGCCCUGCACCUUGUUGUCUCGGAUUCUCCAGCAUCUGCAGUUCCUACUAUCUCUGAUUAAAUUUUACCCUGGCAAGGCUGUGGGAUAAGUACAAGAACCAGUUAUAGUCAUCCAACUGAAUGGUCAUUAUUGCUUAAGUAGAAAUUGUCUCUAGUGCUUGCCUUUCUUAAAAAAAGUACAACAUUUUGAAAAGUAAGUUCACUUUCUAUAUGUUGCUGCUUUCCUCUUCGGUAAGCCUUGAUGUCUGGAAAGUGUGCCAUCGUCUCCUGUUAAUUCAGUGUGGGCUGGCUGCGAUCACUUUCAAACUGGCGGGAACAUUUGAGGAGACCAUUCAAAAUCCCUACCGAUAGGUGGGAACCUGAAGAAUCCUCUGUAAAGACCCUGUUGGAAAUGGAAGCAAUCUCGCCUGGGUGUUGAACAUCGUUUUCUAAAAUAACCUCUACUCCCACAAAUGUUUAAAUCAAACGGAUCCCAGAGUUUUUAAAGCCUCAAUUUAUUGACAUAAAAAUAGUUAACAAUUUAUUAUGAUCCUUCCAUUGUGAUAAUCCCAGAUGAGUGAUCUUUACUGUGAUUUAUGUAUGAAACUAUUUUUAAUGUCAUUUGGGAGAAUAUUUGUCUAUUAUACUGUUAAUGGUCAGAAUGUUAUAAUGGCUGAUAAGAUUUAAAAAAAACAAAACGGUAACAUUUACACAAUAAACAGAACACUCUUGCUGUUUUGAGUCUUCA